AAAAAACCGAAGCCUGAGCAUCGCUCGAAGAAAUCAGUCCUUCGCGGCCUCCGUGGAAAGUCGACUGAUGCAACUGCAAACAAAGCUUAGUCCUAUAGCUAGCAGACGAUGAGCUUGCUCAGCAGCUGAUUGAAGGAGAGGGCAAGGAGGCCACACCCUCUCAUUCGGAUUGGCUGAGAACUUAUCUUUGUCCUGUGCUUUGCCACGGCUUCUCUUCUCCCCUCCGAUUCUGAACGAGCCACGUGGGAGUAUCAGGUUUGUUCGCUAGGGGGGAUCCAUUAGGUCACUUCUAGAAACUUGUUACCAUGAGUGUGGGAUUCAUCGGUGCGGGGCAGCUUGCCUUUUCCUUAGCGAGGGGCUUCACGGCAGCAGGGAUUUUGGCUGCCCACAAGAUAACAGCAAGCUCACCAGAUACUGAUCUCCCAACAGUAUCAGGCUUGAGGAAAAUGGGUGUAAAUUUCACCCUAAGCAACAAGGAGACGGUUAAAAACAGUGAUGUCCUGUUUCUAGCAGUGAAACCUCCCAUAAUUCCCUUUAUCUUGGAUGAAAUUGGCUCAGACAUAGAAGAUCGACAUAUUGUAGUCUCAUGUGCUGCUGGUGUCACUAUCAACUCAAUUGAAAAGAAACUUUCUGCCUUCUGCCCCACCCCAAAAGUGAUCAGAUGCAUGACCAAUACACCAGUCAUUGUGCGGGAAGGGGCCACCGUUUAUGCCACAGGCACGCAUGCAGAAGUGGAAGAUGGGAAGCUCUUAGAACAGCUGAUGGCAAGUGUGGGCUUCUGCACUGAAGUGGAAGAAGACUUGAUAGAUGCUGUGACAGGACUCAGUGGCAGUGGACCUGCUUAUGCAUUCACAGCCCUGGAUGCCCUGGCAGAUGGAGGGGUGAAGAUGGGCCUUCCUCGCAGGCUAGCGGUCCGAUUGGGAGCUCAAGCCUUGUUGGGAGCUGCCAAAAUGCUGUUGGAUUCUGAGCAGCACCCUGGACAGCUUAAGGACAAUGUUUGCUCACCAGGAGGUGCUACCAUCUAUGCUCUCCACUUCCUAGAGAGUGGUGGUUUCCGCUCACUGCUCAUCAAUGCUGUGGAGGCAUCCUGCAUCAGGACACGGGAACUACAGUGCUUAGCUGACCAGGAGAAAGUCUCCCCAGCUGCCAUUAAGAAAACCUUAAUGGAUAAAGUGAAAUUAGAGUCUUCCUCUGCCAACAAGGUCAGCCUAUUCAACAAGAAUAAUCCUGGCAACAAGAAGCAUUGAAGAGACUCAGGCCUUGCCUGAGCCUGUUUUCUUUGUCUUUGAAUGGAAUAUUUAGCACACAUCAUUUUAAAGUGGGGUGUUUGGGUGGAGAGGUGUCCUGGAUUUGAGAUGCUGAAAGAAAGGCAUUUAAAUUUCCAGAAGUAAUUAUUAAGGUAUAGUAGACAGGGCAAUGUUCUUGAGGGGAAAGUACUUUUUUCAGCCAAUUCUCUUAGGGAGGAAACUUCAGCAGUCUUCAUUUGAACUUGACAGAUGAUUUGUUUACAUUUUUCAGUCCAAAUGUUCCUAGUUAACCUCACAACAGAUUUGCACAACAGGUGAUCCAGAAAAAUAAUUACAGUACAUAGUCAAACAAAAGUUGUAUCUAAGUAUUUCCAAGUCUUGUUCACUUGCAUUCAUUCAUUUGUUCAUUAUUUCAUUCCUCUCUCACAUAGACGCAUACAAACACAAACAUAUAUACAGGGUAGAAGCAGACUCUUCAGAUCUUUUUUCUGCAAUGUCUCUCAUUUUAAUCAAACAAUUUUUUGUCUAUUGCUUUUAGAUUUUAUAUAGGUUAUCUGGGCUAAUACGCUGCAAAAAGUAUCUAUAGUAGUCUAAUCUCUUCAUUCCAUAAGAACAUAAGAAUCUAUUUUAAAAAGAUCAGUCUGAUUCUCCAUUUGGCCACAAAUUGUGUCUACUCUGACUGGCAGCAACUUUCUAGUCUUUAGCAGAGCUCUCAUUUCUUGCUAUCUAAAUUGGAUUUGCCCAAGAUUUUGAUCUUUAAUUUUCAUGCAGGUAAUGUGUAAACUUCUAGUACGAAAGCUAUAAGAAAUCUCAUCUAGGUUCAGAAUCUGCUAUGGCAUAUGUCUGGAAGUUGUUCAAAUUGUGUGGGGAUUAGGUAAAGGUAAAGGUUCCCCUUGCACAUAUGUGCUAGUUAUUCCCGACUGUAGGGAGCAGUGCUCAUCUUCAUUUCAAAGCCGAAGAGCCAGCGCUGUCCGCAGAUGUCUCCAUGGUCAUGUGGCCGGCAUGACUAAAUGCCAAAGGCACACGGAACACUGUUACCUUCCCACCAAAGGUGGUCCCUAUUUUUCUACUUGCAUUUUUUACGUGCUUUCAAACUGCUAGGUUGGCAGAAGCUGGGACAAGUAACAGGAGCUUAUCCCGUUAUGCGGCACUAGGGAUUCGAACCGCUGAACUGCCGACCUUCUGAUCAACAAGCUCAGCGUCUUAGCCACUGAGCCAUGUGUCCCUAUGUGGGGAUUAUUCAUACAUAAUUUUGAUUUUCACAGUGUGUAGCUAUUAACACAAGGUAUUAACAUUUUGGCACUACAGUCAGAAAUAACAAACAGUACAUGCAAGACUGAGUAACAAUUAGAUGCAUUAGUGAUCUAAUCAUGAAUUUAUUGGAUUUAUUCACAGCAUUCCUCUAUUAGAUAAGGACUAAGACUUGAAGCUUGCCUAAGGCUGCAAAAUGAAAAAAAAAAUAGUUGUGAGGUGUACCUUCUAAGUAGACCUGAAAUCUAAGAACUUACUAUAGUGAGGUGCAGAGAAGUUAGUUCUCUUAUUUCUUUUAAGGCUAGAGUCUUGCUUUGCUAAAAUGCUCCCUGCCCUUUCUAGGACAGGGAUAUCGUGUGUUAUAUAUUGCUUUUGAGUAAAAUAUUUUUCUGCUGAGAAAAGCAGAACUUAGCCUUUAUCUGUAGAACUUAAGUCUCUUUAUAUCCUGGAGGCAGACACGUGUUCUGAACUAAUUGGGAGCUUCAGCAUGCAGGUUCUGCUAAAGAGCCCAAAGACUGAAAAGAUGUAGGUGGUGAUUGUGCCCACAAAAAGAUCAAGGGCAGAGCAAUUCUGUACUACUUCAUCAUUGUCCCCUUCCUGCCUUUGUCUUAUUCUAGUCUUUUCUUGCCACUUUUUCCUAUUUUCUGGAAUACACAUAACAGGAGCAGUGGCUUUUAUUUUGUGAAUGAGCAAAACCAUUGACUCAUUAUUUCCCAUCUUUUAAACCUAUAAGGAAAAGCUCAGAAACAACUAUUCUUUCUUUAAACAAACCACACUUCUUGUUACAUCUGAACUCAGGAAACUUCUUAAAUAAUAAAGUGACAAUGAUCUAGAGUUAAACUAUAUCCAAAGGAAUAUGAAGCAGGAUUCUCUUGGGGUGAAGCUUUGGCUUAUUUUUUUAUGACUACCCAAAUGGUCAAAGAAUUAGAGGAGAAAACAUUUUUGCUCUACUUGCUGCAAUUUGUAGAUACUAUUUUUCAGAAAAUCUUUAUGUAUGGGAUACUGAUAGUCUGCAUUCUUCGAUUUAAAAUUACAUUUGACUACUUCUGUAUCCUGAUUGCAUUAAAGUAAGCGUGUGAAACCUCUGGUGUUUUCUUUCUUGGCUUCCCUUCAACAAAGAAAUUCGGCCAACUUUUCCCACUUCCUUGAAUGGAAGAGAUGGAACAAAAUUGGGCUGAGGGAGUAAAAAUACAGUAGAGUACUAUCUAUCAGCAUCUUGCUGAUAGACAGAUAGAAGAAGAUCCGGUUGUAAUAAGUUUGAUUUUUAAUUUAGAAUAAAGCUGACAACUUACAUGUAAGAAAUACAUAUUAUAGAGAAGCUUUUGAUUAUUACAUGCCUAUGAGUGAGAAUGACACUGGAGUGCAGUCAGAAACAACUUUAUCUGAAUGUGAAGGUACCAACCAAUGAUUUCGCAGCACCUCUCAGUGCAGUGGCUAGUUCAGACUUGGGGGGAAAAAAGAGAAUCAUCAGCCUGAGGGGAUUCAGCUGGAAGAGUUGCUUAGCAACCAAGAAAGACAGUUAUCAUUAGAAGUCAAAGAGGCGGAGCUACCAAGGAGAAGAGGAGGGCUGAACAAAGACUAUUGGCCAGAAAACCCUGACCUGUCAAGAGAAACAGUCCUGGUCAUGCCCCUCCUACAUAUGAGGAGCCAUGCAUCUUGCAUUUCACAGAUCUGUGCGGACAACUCUCUUUGUAUCUCACCAUCGUGUACCUCAGCCCCUUAGCUGCCUUCUUAGUUGUUCAGACCCUUUGCCAUCAGAAUUCUGUUCUGAUGGCAAAGAAAUAUGUCCAUUAGUUAUAUCUGUGAUUUCUGUGGGCUAGGACAAAACAGAUUGUCACAAGCCUAAAUCCCAGUCACCUAAGGAGAGUAAUUAACUGCUGGUCACAUAGCAAUAAAAAUUGUCAUGGAUCAACUUGCCGCCAAAAACUCUCAUUCAUGCAGCAGGUGGUGCUACUUAAAGCACAGCUUUAAGCUACAAGCUCUGCAAGUCUAGUCAUUGCAGGCAGCAGCAACAGUGCCAUACCACACAAACCAGAAAUGUUCAUAGCAUGCUUUGUGGCGAAGGUUGUAGAGAGUGUGGUGGCACGUCAAUUACCCCAAUACCUGGAGGAAACUGUCUAUCUAGGCCCGUUCCAGUCCGGUUUUCGGCCCGGAUACAGUACAGAGACGGCUUUGGUCGCGCUGGUUGAUGAUCUCUGGAGGGCCAGGGAUAGGGGUUAUUCCUCUGCCCUGGUCCUAUUAGACCUCUCAGCGGCUUCUGAUACCAUCAACCAUGGUAUCCUGCUGCACCGGUUGGACGGUUUGGUAGUGGGAGGCACCGUUUAUCGGUGGUUCUCCUCCUAUCUCUCCGACUAGUCGCAGACGGUGUUGACGGGGGCAGAGAUCGACCCCGAGGCGCCUCACUUGUGAGGUGCCGCAGGGAUCGAUUCUCUCGCCUCUCCUGUUCAACAUCUAUAUGAAGCCGCUGGGUGAGAUCAUCAGUGGUUUUGGGGUGAGGUACCAACUGUACGCUGAUGACACGCAGCUGUACUUUUCCACCCCAGGCCACUCCAACAAAGCUGUCGAAGUGCUGUCCCGGUGUCUGGAAGCCGUACGGGUCUGGAUGGGGAGAAACAGGCUCAAGCUCAAUCCCUCCAAGACGGAGUGGCUGUGGAUGCCAGCACCCCGGUACAGUCAGUUGCAGCCGCGGCUGACUGUUGGGGGCAAGUCAUUGGCCCCAAUGGAAAGGGUGCGUAACUUGGGCGUCCUCCUGGAUGGACGGCUGUCUUUUGAAGACCAUUUGACGACCGUCUCCAGGAGAGCUUUUUACCAGGUUCGCCUGGUUCGCCAGUUGCGCCCCUUCCUAGACCGUGAUGCCCUAUGCACGGUCACUCAUGCGCUCGUGACAUCUCGCUUGGAUUACUGCAAUGCUCUCUACAUGGGGCUCCCCUUGAAGAGCAUCCGAAGGCUCUAGUUAGUUCAGAAUGCAGCUGCGCGGGUGAUAGAGGGAGCCCCUUGUGGCUCCCAUGUGACACCACUCCUGUGCAGGCUGCACUGGCUACCUGUGGCCUAUCGGGUGCGCUUCAAGGUUUUGGUUACUGUCUUUAAAUUGCUCCAUGGCUUAUAGCCGGGUUAUCUACGGGACCGCCUACUGCUACCGAAUGCCUCCCACCGACCCGUGCGCUCUCACAGAGAGGGACUCCUCAGGGUGCCGUCGGCCAGGCAAUGUUGGCUGGCGACCCCCAGGGGACGGGCCUUCUCUGUGGGGGCCCCUACCCUCUGGAAUGACCUCCCCACAGGACUCCGCCAACUUCCUAACUUUCGGACCUUUCGCCACGAGCUGAAGACCUAUUUGUUCACUUGCGCAGGACUGGCAUAGGAUUUUAGAUUUAUAUGGUUUUUAAUUUUAUAUGGAUUUUAUUAUUCUAAAUUUUUUAAUCUUGGCCAAUUGAAUAAGUUUUUUAAUUGUAUUUUAAUAGUAUUUAUAUUGUAAUAUUAUUGUUUAUUUUAUCUGGCUGUGAACCGCCCUGAGUUCUUUGGGAGAAGGGCGGUAUAAAAAUUUAAAUAAUAAAUAAAUAAAUAAAUAAAUGCCCAGAAACA